GGGGAUUUUUAUGGAGGUGCAGUACACCUCGCUAUUUCGCCGCCGCACGCACACGCAGCCUAAAACGCGAAUCACACGACGUUGUGUGUAGCCGUGAAGUCAUGCUGCGUCGCUUGCACACACGCAUCAUCGGCAUGGGCGCCGUCUGCGGCCUUGCCCCGUCUCCCCCAGCGGAGGUCUUUCUUAAAACCCUGCCGCCUCCCAGCGACAUUGACGCGGCGAAGUACGCCCGUUUUCAGCGGGAAGAGACGGAGCGUGCGACACGACGCCCCCAUGCAGCGCCUGCCCCCACCUCUUCUUCUUCUGCAAUGCCUCCUUUUGGCUUUUCCGCCGCCCCCGAGCCGUUCUACGAUGUGGCGCACGCCGCUGUGGGCCACAAGCACGUCGCCAUGCUCACCCGCGAAGGCAACCUCAUCUCCGUCGGCGACAACCGCUACGGGCAGACCGGUGCGCUGAACUCGGACGGCGCGGAGACGGAAGUGGCGGGCACGGCGGCAGGCGGGCCGUCCAGUCACGGACGAGGCUUUUCGCGCGCCCACGCCCCGCACGCGCGCAUCUCCUCUGUCACCACGGACUUGGACCCCCUCUACAUCGACCUCGACGGUGCCUUCCCGCAGACGAACCCUGGCAUCGCCACGCGGGUGUGCUGCGGCUCGAACUUCACGCUCGUCUACCAGCGAGGCGGUCGACGUGCCAUCGCGUUUGGCAAUAAUCACAUGGGCCAGCUGGGGGCAGGGCACAAGCACCGCGUCGACGGUGUUCACGGCUUCACCGAGUGGGACCCGAACGCUGCGUGGUGGCCGGCGGAGCGGACCUGUGUGCUGCAGCGGGUGCGGUGCGGCUUCAACCACGCUGUGGCGCAGCUGAGUGACGGCGCCCUCUACGCCUUCGGCAGCAACAACUGGGGGGAACUGGGGAUCGGGAGCACCGACUCGCCGAUGUGCCCGACGCGCAUUACGUUCUUUGAGCAGCGCGGGCUGCGCAUCGCCACGGUCGCGCUCGGCAACUCCUUCACGCUGUUUCUUACGCAAGAGGGGCGCGUCUACGGGUGCGGGUCCACCAACGGGGGCCAGCUGCCCUCCAACACGUUUGAUCCAGUGCCCAUCCCCCUCACGCGGUCGUUUCAGAAGCACUCCGGCGCGAAGGCAGCAGGUGCGGCAACCUCCGUCGACAGCACACCAAAGCUGAUCCGCAUUAAGGACGUCGCGUGCGUGGGCACCUUGGCGGUGUUUGUGAGCACCACAAACGAGCUGCUCCUCCAAGGCUCGCUGUCCGAGUACGGCGUCGCGAUUCCGUCCCCUCGCUUUGUGGAGGUGGACCAGGCGUCCGCGCUGAAGCACUUCCACGCGCGCAUGGGCGCGACCGUGAAGAAUGGUGACUUCGAUAUCGUGGAGCUCGUCGGUGGUCCGUCGACGCUUCUGGUGCGGUACCGAAACGGGUGCGUUGCGGGACUUGGCGCGAACACGGAGGGGCAGCUGCACAACGUGACCAAGGUGUUGAAUGGCAAGCCGAUUAACCUUGCACCGGCCUCCAAGGUCAACGAACUGUUCCCCAUGUUUGCCCCGUCCACUGCGCAUUGGAGGUCGGCGAGGUUCGUGUCCGGGAGGGGCUUUAACCUGCUGUUUGACCAUGAAGAGGUCUACCGUGUGCCGGAGAGUGCGCCUCCCAUUGAGCUGCCGCCGGGAAAUGGAAACGUGCGCCCGGUGGCGAUCUCGCGUGAAAGCCGGCUGCGUGCAUCAUUCAAGUGA